UUUGCUCUUUCCGCGGACGCUCAUUUCUGUCAUAUGACUCUCUCGAUAGCAAUCCAUGGAGGUACCCUACCGCAGCCCUGCGCCAUGGCCACGCAGCGUAGCCCACCCUGCUGAGCUCGCUCCCCACGAGGCGCCGCGUGAUGGCCCCAACGCUGCUCCAGAAGCUGUUCAGUAAAAGGUCCGUAGCGGCCCCGUCUUCCAGGAGUUCAGGGGGACCCGAGAUAAGCUGGGCAACUUCUGAACUUGAACCAAAUCACAUUCGGCUGAUCGUCUAUCAGGACUGCGAGCGUAGAGGAAGGCAGGUGCUGUUCGAUUCCAAAGCUGUACGGAAGGUGAUCACAAGUAGCCAGAGAAAUGCAGAAGAUUUGCAGACAAAAAUAUAUGCAAAAUGCUGCCAGACCAACCGGAGCGGUGCCUGCACCUUCACCAUGCAGGGCGCCUCCUUGCCCCGGACGGCUAGUGAAGCUGAACAGGUGCCGAGAUAUCAGUAUACUCGGCCUGCUUCUGAUGUCAACAUGCUGGGUGAAAUGAUGUUCGGGUCAGUUGCGAUGAGGUACAGAGGCUCCACAUUAAAGAUCCAUUAUAUUCGCUCUCCUCCUCAGCUGAUGAUAAGUAAAGUGUUCUCUGCUAGAAUUGGCAGCACAUGCGGAAGUACAACCACGUUGCAGGACAGCUUUGAAUACAUCAACCAAGAAUACAAUAUUGGGAAGUCGUGUCCCAGUCAGAAUGGUUUGGGACCCUAUCGCAAUGGAAGCAGCAUAGGUCUCUUGCAGCUUUGCAGUAACAAACUUCUGCCCAGAGUCUCCGACGUUCAUCCUCUCUGGCUCAUUCGGAGUGCCUCUUUCUUUGCAGCCCACAGCACUCCUGUUGACAUGCCAAGCCGUGGACAGAAUGAGGACAGAGACAGUGGCAUUGCUCGGUCAGCCUCCCUCAGCAGCCUUCUCGUCACACCAUUCCCAUCGCCUAGCAAUUCCUUCUCCAGCAGCUGUGCCAGCAGUUACAAGCGCCGCUGGCUACGCAGUCAAACCACUAGCCUGGAGAACGGCGUGGUUCCGAGAUGCCAUACAAAUCUCUUCACAACCAUGCUCGUCAGGUGUACCGAAGAAACUUUCAGUCUAACAGAUGAAAGCUGUGGCUCCAACCCUGCAAUGAUUCGGAGGAAGAAGAUUGCCAUCAGUAUUAUCAUCACUCUUCCCGAGAAAGAAGAAGAGAGCAGGGGCUUCCAGGAUUUCUUUUUCUCACACUUCCCUCUGUUUGAAUCACACAUGAACAAACUGAAGGCUUCAAUAGAGAAGGCCAUGAUUCUUUGCCGGAAGAUAGCUGAAUCCAGUCAGAGAGUUCAAGUUUACUUAUGUCGGGUUAUGGAUGCUCUUGGUGAAUUCAGGACAACUGUUUGGAAUCUCUAUAUGGCACCUAGGAUCUCUGAGCCAGUGUGGCUAACCAUGAUGUCUCAUACCUCAGAAAAGAAACCACUCUGCCAGCGUUUUAUGAAAGAGCUUACUUUGUUGAUAGAACAGAGCUCCAAAAAUCAGUUUCUGUCAGCUUUACUAACAGCAGUUCUAACCAACCAUCUGGCCUGGGUUCCAACUGUAAUGCCAAAUGAUCAUCCUCCCAUUAAGGCAUUCUCCGAAAAGCACACCUCACUCUCUGUGGAUAUGCUGUCCAAAUCUCACCCUUAUAACCCACUCUGGGCACAGCUCGGCGAUCUUUAUGGAGCUAUUGGCUCUCCUGUGCGUCUAACACGGACAGUGGUUUUAGGAAAGCGUCGAGAGCUGGUCCAGAGAGUCUUGUACAUCCUUACUUACUUUAUCCGCUGCUCUGAACUGCAAGAAAUCCAUCUGAGCACAUCUGAGAAAGCGGAGCAGGAUGAACAUGUUUCUCCUGGUACUAAUUUUUUUACCACAUUGGAGAAGGGUGAGGUAGAAGAAUCAGAGUAUGUCGUAGUCACUGUCCAGAAUGAGUCUCUCCAAGAAACCACUGACAAACUGAGAGAAAACUCCAGAAAGCUGUCUGGUAACUCUGAUGUGCAGUGUGUUGAAAAUUCCACCUAUUUUAACAAACCCCGAAAAAAAGAGCUACCUGUUGACUGUGACACAGACAACUCCGAUCUUUUGGACCCUCAGGAAGAGCAUCCUGUUCUUACCAGUGAUGACGGCUUACAAGUCUGCCGACAGGUCACAGGUAUCCCACAAGAGGUGAAAAGGGAAACUGUAAUCAAUGUAACUGGAGCAGCAAUGGCUGGGUUUCAUGCAUUCAAACAUUCGGAUUGCUCGAACACUCAAACCUUGGGCAGUCCUAAAACCUGUAGAACCCUCUCACAAGCUCUGCCUUGUCCAGGAGCGUCUGUUCGGCAGAAUCCCUAUUUCCAGAAAGUAACAUUUAAAAUUGGAAGCUCUCUGUCUCCUGACUCUGAUGUCGAGAGCAGAAAGAAGGAAAUGGAUAUAAGCUACCAUGAAUUUAAGGAGAAACACUACAAAGAUAACCGUCAAAAUAUCAAAACUGAUGAAGGGGGUCACCAUCCAGUUUCUACUUUGGGGCAGCAGUCAACUAGCGUCCCCUGUGGGGACUUGAAUGACAAUGAUGGAGAAGUCACUUUUAAAACCGAAAGAGACUUACCCAGAAACGAGAGUUCAGACAGUGCCCUUGGAGACAGCAGUGAUGAAGAAGCACCCCAGGAUUCCUCAUUGAAGCAAAAACGUGGCAAAAAGUGGAAAGAGAACCAUGAGGAGUUUGAGCUGCCUCUUCCCAGAUCAGAAACCACCAGCAAGCAAAAUGUGACCAAUUUUGGAAGAUCUCUGUUUGGCGGUUACUGCCCUCAGUAUAUGCCUGAUUUUGUUCUCCAUGGAACAAACUCAGAUGAACGGCUGCGAAAAUAUCUGCUGGCUGAUCUUGCUCACACCAUACAUUGCCCAGCAUUAGAUGAGCCCAUUGCUGAAGCUGUCUGCAUCAUCGCCGACACUGACAAGUGCACCGUGCAAGUGGCCACAAGUCAGAGAAAGACGAUCGACAACGGAAACCUGGGGAAAGAUGUCCUGGUCUCCAAUUUGGUCUGCAAUCUCCUCCAGUCGAUCCUGCAACUAUAUAAACUAAACCUCUCUGCUGAUUUUUGUAUAAUGCACCUGGAGGACAGACUGCAGGAGAUCUACUUCAAAAGCAAGAUGCUGGCUGAAUAUUUGAAGGGACACACCCGAGUGCACGUCAAGGAGCUCAGUGGUGUUUUAGGGAUCGAAUCCAACGACUUGCCCUUACUGGCUGCAGUGGCAAGCACACAUUCUCCUUACGUAGCUCAGAUAUUGUUAUGAUAUCGACUCUCAGGAUAUCCAUUCCCAAAUAUAUUCGGUCAUCGAUUUCUCGGGAGGUCGCAUUGCACGACGAGAUCCGAACAAGCGUCAUCCGUUACCGACAGCGGCUUGAUGCAGACGUGCCGUUUACUCUCAAGUGGGUGCAGAAAGCUCAGUAAAGGAUUUACUGCUGCAACAUUUUUGAGGACCAUCUGCUUUUCCGUAAAAAAAAAUGUUGCUGUAUUUAUUACAAUUUUUUUUUUUUUAGACAUCAUUUCUGCUAAAAACAAAUCAGAGGCUGAGUAUUUUUAAAAACCGUUUUGCUGUGCAACAUGUCAAGGACUUCAUUUAAGAAGCGUUGUGGAAAUCAGUACCUCCUGUGAAUUUACGUGUUAAACUUUUUUUGGCUUAUUUUUGCAGAGCAUCUCUGGCACAAAAGUAUCCGAGGUCUUUAAAAGCCGUCCUAGUUGGGGAUGUUUGUUUUUUGCAUGCUGCUGCUCACCUAUCACUGAUAACGUCAAGAACAAUAUACUUAAGGGAUGGGUUUUUAUGAUUUUUCAAAAGGGAAAAAAAUACAGCUAAAUUCUUAAAUGAAGCUGCAUUCCAUCUCAAGUUAGACGUUUACAAGAAUACUUGCUGACACAACGAGAUGGCGUCUUUAUAAAACAAAAUACCAGUAUACCCGUGGCCUGGUCCAGUCUUACAAGGUUUUGAAGGUUAUUCCUGGAUACGUCUAUAGAGAAAUCAGAGGUAAUAAUGUUUGAUUGUUGGUGUUCAAGAGAAGCUGCUGAACAUUUUCUUUUUUUUUUUUAUUCUUUUCAUCUUUGCACAGAACAGAUGCCGUGUGUUUCUUUCGUCCAGAAAUACCAUAUUUCACAAUUGUAUGGAAGCGAUUGUUUAAAAUGCCUUUGCUACCAUUGAAAAGCAAAAAUGCACGGAAAGGAGCGAUCUGAGCAGACCCCAAGGCAGCCGGCCUGUAGAGGGUUUGUUUUUCAGUACUGCGGGUUUCAUCACUUUUAUCCCUUUGGUCUUAUAAAAGCAUCGCCCAAAGUUGUCGAGUUAUCGUCUUCACGCGGCCUCGAUCGAACUGCAUAUUUAGGUUCUGCCCGUGUGCCCUCCGCCUAGUAACUUUCUUGGGUCGCCUCGUUGUCCUCCCUCUCCUGUUGCUUUAAUUCAAGAUGGAAAUGAUCAUUUUGGAAAUCCAGGAUCUUUUUUAAAAACGUGCCUCCUUAAUUUUUUUUUUUCCAGCUGGAUUUACUUGUAGCCGAUGAAAGCUGAUCACCAAUCUGGCUGCAUCGGUCACGUUUCAACCUCUUGACCAUGGUCCACUGUGAAUGAAUGCUGCAUUGUUUUUUUUUUUCACUCAUAUUUUUUAUUUCAUUCACCCUUGAAAUUUUUUCAGAAGGCUUCGAAAUAACAAGCAAAUGUAUGUGUUACUUCCUACAGAAGAAACAUCUUGGGACGUCUACACUUUUACACGUUAUUUAAUAAUUGUGACUUUUACUCCGAUGGAGAUGCUGUGCUGACUGAAGAUUUCUUUUCUUUUUUUUGAUGAAAUUCUACCUCAGUGAACAGGAUUAUGCUGCCUUCUGGUUUUUUAACCUGUCGCACUUUCCUAUCUUUGUAGCGAAUCUGUUUUUAGCUCAUGUCACAGAAAUUGUUGUGAAAAGCAAAUGAAAUGAGGGACUUUGUGUUUAUGAGGAAAUGUUGAUUUUCGUUUUUUUCGAAGUAGCAUGCUUGUGGUAUUUAUGUAGAAUGGCAUGGACAUGAGAACUGAAUGUAUGACGAAACUGACAUUGACGUGUACCGUACGUCAAAUAAAUACCAGCAGCAAUUUGCUUUGUCAUUCAUUGUCAUUUUUUUGUUUACAUUUUGUUUGUUUGUAAGAAGCAAUUGUCACAUUUAAUAAACUUGUGUAAUGAAUAAACCCGAAA